AUGAUCAGGAAUGCAAGAAACAAACAAUCAAACUCUUCUGUUCAGGCACCUGCGCAACAAAAGAGUAAUGCUAAUCAGUCUCAUACUUCUGGAGAUAGGGCUAACAACAAUGCCAAUCAAGUUAACAAUGUUUCUGGUGAGUGGCAAGUUGUUAAACGUAGGAAGGGUAAGAAUGCGCCUAAAAAUCCAGUUUGCCCUGAAGUUGUAGUUACUAAGGUGGUGGAGGCUAAUAAUUUGGAGUAUACUGCUCAGAUGGUGAAAGCUAAGCAAUUGGAGGUUGAAUAUACUAAGUACAAAGCUGCUUUUGAAUCUUCCUUUGUUGAAUUGGCGAGAACUAAACAAGGCUUACAUGUUGAGGGUUAUAAAAAAGAAGUUAUACAUAAUUUUGUUGGUUCGUCUAAAGGGAAUUUAUGGAUUUGCUGGUACGUUGAUAUGACUACUCCGGUGGUUAUUAAUUCUAGUAGACAGGCUAUUUCUAUUGAAGCGGAAGGUGUUCUUAUAUCUUUUGUUCAUGCUAGUUGUUUUCAAAAAGGGGGUUGUGAACCACGUACUUCAGCUAUUAAUGAAUUCAGUGAUUGGCUAGAUGACAAUAACCUUUUUGAAGCUGAUUAUUUGGGUUCUAAAUACACUUGGGCCAAUGGUCAAUCAGGUGUUCAUAGAAUUCUUUGCAAGUUGGAUCGGGCUGUCAUUAAUGAAGCAUGGCUUACGAAGUUUGAGAAUUGGAGGUGUAAAGCUCUUCCUCGUGAAGUUUCUGAUCAUUCAACGCUUAUAGGCUAUCCUUUUGUAAAUUCAAGACCUAAAAGAGCUCCUUUUAGAGUUCAAAAAAUGUGGUUCACUCAUCCUGAUUUCAUGCGUAUGGUUAUGGAGAGUUGGAAUGCUCCUGUUUCUGAUUCCCCUGCUUAUAUCUACCCCUUCAAGCUUAAGAAAUUAAAGGCUGACAUGAAGGAGUGGAAUUUACGUGUUUUUAGUAAUAUUAAUGCUAGACUCAAACAUGCUAAAUUAACAAUGGAAGUUGCUCUUCGUAUUUUUGAUGAGGAUCCGAAAGACGUAACUAAGCUGAAUUUUGCUGAGGAGGCUUCGGUUACACUUCAGGAAAUCCGUAUGCGUCAAUCCAUUAUGUUGAAACAAAAAUCUCGUAAUAAGUGGCUUACUGACGGUGCAACUAAUACUUCUUUCUUUCAUGCCAAUAUUCCAACUCGCAGGAGCAUCAAUAUGAUUUCGGAAUUGGUAGAUGAUGAUGGGAAUAUUCUCUCUAAUUGUGACCAUAUUAGAGAUUAUAUGGUGUCUUAUUUUGAGUCUAAAUUUAAUGGGGAAGAGCUUCCAAUUGAUGAGCAUGACAUUAUCUCUACGGAGGAAAGUCAAAGAAUGGAUGAGAUUCCUACUUAUGAUGAAAUAAAGGUUGUUGUUUAUGACCUUGAUGCUGAUAGUUCUCCAGGACCCGAUGGUUUCUGUAGAUGUUUUUAUAGACAUUGUUGGGACGUGAUUCAACAAGACUUAUGCAAUGCUAUUAUUUAUUGUUGGCAACAACAAAGGAUUCCUAAUGGGGUAAAUUCUAGUCUUCUGAUUUUAUUGGCCAAGGUAAGGGGUGCUAAUACUCUUCGUAACUUUCGGCCAAUUGGUCUUAGUAAUUUUUUCUUUAAAAUUUUUACUAAGAUCCUAGCUACAAGACUUGGAAAUGUUCUUGAUAAUCUGGUUUCAGAGGAGCAAGUUGCUUUUAUGAAGAUUAGAAAUAUUCAUGAGAACAUCAGUGUAACGUCGGAGAUGGUGAAUGAUCUGAAAACUAAGCGAAAAGAUGGCAAUGUGGGCCUAAAGCUAGACAAUACUCAAGCUUUUCACACGCCUCGGGUCAAACAGUAUGUCGUCAAAAAAAAGGUUUUUUAUGGAGGUGGAACCUUGAGUCGUUGUAGAACUAUCACGGAUUUACUUGGUAUGGAAGUCUCUACUUUCCCGGACAGAUAUUUAGGUGUUCAAAUUAUGCCUGGAGCUGUUAAAUAUCGUCAUAUAAGUAAUGUUAUUGAUAAAAUCAAGAAGCAACUUUCAGUUUGGAAAGGAAAAAUGCUUUCUUUUCAAGACAGUGUGGUUCUUAUUAACGCUGUGAUUGCUAGCUAUGCCAUUCACAAUAUGGUUUUUUACAAAUGGCCAAGGAAGUUCAUUAUGCAAUGUGAGCGGGUUAUACGCAAUUUUCUUUGGUCCAGGGAUUCAGAAGUUGCGAGGAAGUUUGUGGUUGGUUUUGACAAAGUUUGCAGCCCUGUGAAGGAAGGUGGUUUGAGUAUUACAAGUACGGCAGUUACGAAUAGGGCUCUUCUCAUGAAAUUUUGGUGUAGUAUUCGUUCUUCUAAUAAGAAGUGGGCGCGUUUCUUAUGGGCGAAAUAUACUACACAGACUGGUAGAAUUAAGCAAUAUGGUGUGAACUAUUCUAUCUUGCCUGGUGUUAGAUUGGUUCAUAAUAUUGUGUUUUUUUUUGCUACGUCAAAAAUUUAUAUUGAUUAA